CCCAUCGCCAAGACGCCGCGGCUGCAGACCAUGACCAACGUCUUCGUCACCUCGCUGGCUUGCGCCGACCUCAUCAUGGGCUUGCUGGUGGUGCCGCCGGGGGCCACCAUCCUGCUGAGCGGCCAAUGGCCCUACGGGACGAUGGUGUGCGAGCUGUGGACCUCGCUGGACGUGCUGUGCGUCACGGCCAGCAUCGAGACGCUGUGUGCCAUCGCCGUGGAUCGUUCCCUCGCCAUCACGUCGCCGCUGCAGUACGAGGCGCUGGUGACCAAGGGCAGGGCACGGGCCGUGGUGUGCCUGGUGUGGGCCAUCUCUGCCUUCAUCUCCUUCCUGCCCAUCAUGAACCACUGGUGGCGGGACGGGGCCGACGAGCAGGCGGUGCGCUGCUACGAUGACCCACGCUGCUGCGACUUUGUCACCAACAUGACCUACGCCAUCAUCUCCUCCACCAUCUCCUUCUAUGUGCCCCUGCUUGUCAUGAUCUUCGUCUACGUCCGUGUCUUUGCUGUGGCCACACGGCACGUCCAGCUCAUCGGCAAGGACAAGGUGAGAUUCCUGCAGGGCCCCCCCAGCCCCAGCUCCAGGAGCGGCCGGCGGAGACGGCCGUCCCGUCUGCUGGCUAUUAAGGAGCACAAGGCGCUCAAGACCCUGGGCAUCAUCAUGGGCACCUUCACACUCUGUUGGCUGCCCUUCUUCGUGGCCAACAUCAUCAAGGUCUUCUGCCGGCCGCUGGUACCGGAUCAGCUCUUCCUCUUCCUCAACUGGCUGGGCUACGUCAACUCAGCCUUCAACCCCAUCAUCUACUGCCGCAGCCCCGACUUCAGGAGCGCCUUCCGCAAGCUGCUCUGCUGCCCGCGCCGCGCCGACCGCCGGCUCCACGCCGUCUCGCAGGACCUGCAGCGCUGCCCCUGUGUUUGCCGGCAGAGAGACGCCAGCGGGUCCUUCCAUCUGACUGGGAGCAGCCGAGAGCCGGGAAGAGAGUGA